AUUAUUUAAAAUAACAAUUAAUCAUGGAGCAAAUAACCACAGGUAAUAAUUAUAAUUCUUAAUAUUUCUAUUGAAUAAUUAAUACAUUUUUAAAAUAAUAUUUCAACAACAGAUAAAGAAACUUCAAUAAAUGAAUUUAAAAAAUGGAAAGAAAAUUUUGAUGAAUGCAUUAAAGAAUGCAUUAAAAAAUCAUCAAGCCAUGAUAUUGAGAUAAAUGAAAUAUUAAAAAAUCUAGCAUUAAAUCCAGCAACAUCAUCAAUAAACAAAAUGACCAUUGUCAGCAAAAGUAAAACAAUAUCAGCUGAAUUAAAAAUGAAAGGUGAUUAUUAUUUUUGUGGUGGAUUAAGAAAACCUCAUGAAUCUGAUUACUUUGACUCAGCAUUUAUGGAAUAUACAAAAAGUAUUGCUAAUGCACCACCAAUGAGUCAUCAAUUGUCAUCAUCAUAUGGUAAACGUGCUGAAAUUUUAUGUCGUUUAAAAUUAUAUACUGAUUCAUUGAAUGACAUUCAACAAGCACUUGAUAAUAAUUGUCCUGAUAAUCAAAAAACAAAAUAUUAUUUACUCAAAGCAAAAUGUCUCAAGGUAUUGAGCCACUCAAUCAACAAUGAUCAUGAUAUUAACAGAGCAUAUCAGGAUGCUAAAUACUGGAUCAAAAAUAUGAACAAUAAUAUGAGAAAAAAAUAUGAAAAAUUAUUAUUUGAACAAAUAAAUGAUAAUCUUAUUGAUGCUGGAAUAUUUAAAAAAUGGAAUUAUGAUAAAUUUAUACCAAUUUUAAAUAAUAGACAUGUUAAUUUACCAAGUUUAAGUGACUCUGUUGGAUUAAAAUAUUCACGUAGAUUUGGUAGACAUAUUUUUGCUAAAAAAAAUAUAAAACCUGGUGAAAUAAUUGCUAUUGAAAGACCAUAUGCUAAAAUAUAUUAUGGUGAUAUGAAACUGAGAUUUUGUUGUCAUUGUGGUGAACAAAUGUGGUCAAGUUUACCAUGUGAUAGCUGUAACAUCAUGAUGUUUUGUUCAAAUAAAUGUCGUGAUGAUGCAAAUGAUGAUUAUCAUGCAAUUGAAUGUCAAGUUUUAAAAUUUAUUCAAAAAUUUAAUUUACAAGAUGAAUAUUUUAUUGUUACGAGGAUCAUUUGCAAGGCUAUUGUUGAAGCUGAUUGUUCACUUGACACGUUGAAGAAUGAUCUUGAUAAAAUUCAUGCUGAAAAAAAUCCAUUGAAAAGAGGCUUUGUUAAUGAGAUAUUUGAGUCAAAUAAAAUAUCAAGUAUUUACAGUUUAUUGGGGCACUCAGUCAAGGAUAAUUUUAAUUCAAAAAUUCAUAUCAAUUCAAUUUUAAUUAGUUAUUUAUUAAUAACAAAAACAAAUGUAUCAUCAAGUGGAAUUUUGAAUGAUAGAAAUUUUGAUAAUUUAAAGGAUAAUUAUAUGUUUAUUUGGUUAAUUAAAUUAGUACAAAAAUUAAUUUUAAUUUGUAAUACAAAUAGCUUGUCGUUGGUUGGAUUUGGUGAUAAACCUGAAGGUUUAUUUCAAGGUAUCUAUACAAAUAUAAGCUUGUUUAAUCACAGCUGUUGUCCAACAGUUGCAAGCUCAACUCAAUGUGAUAAAUUAAUAUUAACAGCUAUUCAGCCAAUUGCAAAAGGUCAACAAGUCUAUUACAAUUACGCACAGCAUUACAGGGCAAAUGAAAAAAAAGAUAGGCAGUUGGAAUUAUUUAAAUAUUAUAAAUUUAUAUGUAAAUGUAAAGCUUGCGAAAAAAAUUGGCCAGUUGAAUUAGAAAAUAGUAAAUUUAAUAAAAAAAUAUAUUGUUUCUUUUUUAAUUAUGAUAGAAUUAUUAAAAAAUUUACAAAUGUUUGUAAUGAUUUGUCGAGCAUUGUUAUGUAUUGUGAAAAUUUUAAAAAUUAUGAUGAUGAGUUACCGGAUAUUUUAAAGACUAUCAAUGAUGCUAGUGAUGUUAUUUCUAAAUUGUAUUAUUAUUGUGGUAAAAAUUCGAGUGAAUAUUUAUUAGCUGUUGAUACUUUUGAGUGGUUUUUUCGUAGCUGGAAUACUCCAAAUUUAAAAUUAUCAUAAUGGCAUAAAUUGUACUUAAAUGAGAAAAGAAAAUCUUGAUUAAGAUUAUAAAAUUUAUAAAAAAUAAAUGCGUCUUGUUGAA